AUGGAUCAUCCAACCAACAUCGAUGAAAAUAACGAGGCCAUGUUGGCAUCCUCACUAGAAAAUGUCAAUUUCGAUGCAACUAAAAAUAAUGUUAAUAACACGAAAAAUAAUAAUAAUGGUAGCGAUAAUAAUAAUGAACUAGUAAUACCAAGAUGUACAGCAAAGAAUUGUAAUGAAAAGAUAACAGUAUAUUGUGAACAAUGUAAAAGUUACUAUUGUAACAAACACAAUGCUAAUCAUUUGUAUGUAUUGGCAAUGCGAUCACACAACAGAGUAGACGCAACUGAAAUCGUAAAGUUUAUCUCCAAGUUGAAAUGCAACGAUCACUCUAAAGACGUACAGAUCGAUCACACGAGUAAAUACAUCUAUGUCUGUCCAAUUACUCUUCAAUUAAAGUGGGGACCAAAGCUAUGUGACGUGGCUAAACACUCUGAUAAGCCAUAUCUUCAAGUUAGCUUUAUUGGCCCUUGUGGCUGUGGAAAGAGUACAAUGAUUAGAUUAUUGGCAGAUGAUGAUGAUGGUGUAUUGCCUAUACCCGCUAUCCAAGGAACUUUAGUUUCGACAUCAUCAGACAUUAAUGCCUAUCAUUCAAGAAUAGAUGAUGAAAAGGAUGCAUUUAUCUAUGUGGAUUGUGAAGGUACCGGAGGUGCAAUGUCUAAUCAAAUGUUGUUAAACUCUAUUGACCAAUAUAGUCAAAACAUAGUUCAAGGAGAUGAUGGCAACCUGAUCCCAUCAGGAAUGACAGAACAAGAGAAACAAAGUUUCUUUAGUGCUCGAACCCCAUUUGUAUCAUACUCAUUUCCUCGACUGUUGUAUCUCUUUUCUGAUGUAUUGGUGUUUAUGUUUGCUGGGGAGCCAAGGGAACGAGAUACCGUCCUCAAGCAGCUCAUCCUCUAUGGAUCAUCUGCGUCUGCAGGCACUGUCAACCAUAUGUUUCGUCCACAUUUGGUGAUUGUGUUUAAUCAUUCUAAAACCCACGAUGGCAACGACUUUGACGUUGACAAGGUCACUAAAAACUACUUGGAAAGUAAUAGUGAACAAACCAACAAACUAAAGAGUCUCUACCAAUCGAUCAGUAUUAUCCAUAUACCCACUGCCAAUGGAACCACCAUGAUGAAAUCAAUCGAGCAAGUUGGAAAAUUGGGUGAAAUCAUCAAGGAGAAAGUAAGGAUAAACAGAGAAUAUAAGUUAAACAACCCAGAAUUUACGCGUUCCAAGGUUUUGAGCUAUUUCAACCGUGCCAUGCAAGACUUCAACAUGGACCAAAAUGCAAAGGUUGACUUUUUCAAACUCAUAUCUAUGGAAAGUGAAACCAACUCAAAUGCUUCUUUUAUUUUCAAAUAUGUCAAUCUAAUUGCCGAUUCAAAGUUGCUAAAUUCAUCGGCUUUUGAUCAUUUAUCUUUUUUUCUUGCAACAACAAUGAUACAAAUUGGAAUUAUUGCUGCAUAUAAAAAACAUUGUUUAAGACACGGGCUAAUCGAUCAAAAGAUUGGUACACCAGAUGCAAAAUUUACAAAUCAAUUUGAAGAUAUUAUUAAACAAGUUGAUCAUUCAAUGGUUGAAUACAUGCCAUGCAAUUCGCAGCAUUACAGUGAACACUUGAAAAAGAAAGUAUUUUGUGAAGUUAGAAAAAAGAAUCAUCUAGAUAGCGACCACGAAUGCACCGAGGUUGCAAAGUUGGAGCUUACCAAGGAACAAGCGUCCAAACUCAAAAGUAUGGGACUUCAAGACGGCCAACCCAUCAAAAUCAAAUGGGAAGGUCGAUUUGAACAAGACCCCCUAUACAAACCUCUGCUUGAAACUGCACAAGCAAUUCUCCUAUCGCCAAAAACCGAGAAUUGGGAAAGCUCUCAUAUUUUAAAGGACAUUCCAUUCAAACUAGUUUGUAAUGCCUGUCUUUUGGAAUUCCCCAGUGAAGUCAGAUCAGGAUGUGGACACUAUGUGUGUCGUCUCUGUUGCCAAGAGUCACCCGAUUACUGUCCCAUCUGCAAGGAAAAGAGCCUGUGGAAAGACAAGACCAUCCCCGACAACUCUGCCCUCCGCAUUCUAUGUCUAGAGCCUGGAAAUCUUCUUAAAUCAACCACUCAAUGCACAAUUAUCAAUGAAAUUGAACAGAGUCUCUAUUCGAUUCCCAUUGCCCAAUUGUUUGAUGUCAUCUCUGGUAUUGGGUGUGGUGCAGUCAUUGGCCUGUCAUUUCCAUGUGGUUUCACCAUCAAAGAGUGUGACCGAAACUGGGGUAUCUUUAGAGCAGGGAACAAUCAACCAGAAUAUUUAAAACCAAAGAAAAAGGUUGACAUUGUAGUAUCACUUGGCAACGGAUCGAUUACUUUUGAAAAUACAUCAAAUCCUGUAGUUGAAGAAUGGAACAAACACAAGAAAGACCUUUGUCCAGACUCAAUCAAAACCAUGGUAAGAAUCGACUCGGUCCUACCACCCACCUCUUUUGGUUACGACACUAAAAAAGAAAUUCAAACAUCCAUGUCCAAUGAAACAUUGGCCUAUCUUGCAACCAAUGAAAAAGCAAAGCAGGACCUAAAGCAAGUUGUAAACACACUAUUGGCACAAUUAUUUUAUGUUGAACAACAAACUAGAAUGGCCAAUAGUCAAACUAUACGUGCAUCCAUUCGUUCAAGACUUGCAGUUGCCCUUCCAAAGGAAAUCAUUGACCAAAUUAAAUCAUCUCCAUCUGAUUGCUUCUCUAUCGAAUCACAACAAGGACUAACAGAAGGCCAAUACCAAUUCCAUAUUAAUGAAAUCCAAUAUGAACCAACCCUCAUCAUUCCAUUUACCAUUGAAAAUAUCGAAAAUUUUAACCUUCAAAUCAAUUAA